AUGACAUCCAAUUCACCCGAUACCUGCUGCACUAUCGGCGUUAAGCAUGAAGGCGAAGCCAAGGGUCACCUCCAACAAAUUGGAGAUGUCGAGGUCUAUAUUCCAAGCCCCGAGCGUUCUAGCAAUCGUGCCAUCCUACUGCUCACCGAUGUAAUUGGUCACCGCUUCAUUAAUGCGCAGCUUAUUGCGGAUCAGCUAGCGGCAAAUGGCUAUCUAGUUGUCAUGCCAGAUCUAUUCCACGGCGAUCCAGUGCUGCUGCUGAACCGCCCCGCUAACUUCGAUCUGAUGGCAUGGCUAAAAGGUCCCCCGGGUCAUCUGCCAAACCGUGUAGAUCCCGUGGUCCAGGCUAUACUAGAGGAGAUGAAGUCCAACAUGGGCUGCGACCGGGUCGGUGGUAUUGGAUAUUGCUUUGGAGGGAAAUACGCCGUCCGACUGCUCCAUCCAGGGCUCUGCGAUGUUGCCUAUGUGGCUCACCCAAGUUUCAUCGACGCAGAGGAAUUACAAGCAAUCCAAGGCCCGCUAUCCAUUGCUGCAGCUGAAACCGAUAUCUUCCCGGCCUCAAAGCGCCAUGAAUCCGAGGAUAUCCUGGCCAAGACUGGCCAGCCGUAUCAGAUCAACUUGUUCAGUGGCGUCGAGCAUGGGUUUGCUGUCCGCGCAGAUAUCACCAAGCCGACAAUUCGCUUUGCUAAAGAGUCUGCCCUUUUGCAAGCAGUCGCAUGGUUUGACCAGUACCUUUAA